CGAACUGAGUGUUGGAGAGUGCACAACAAUUUUUGUCGAAAGUCUUGAGAGUUUGCCGAUAUUUACUAAAUGCUUCUCAUCUGUUGAAAUUUUAUGAUUGGAUUCUAGACUACUGGCGCGUUUUAUUCGAUGGAUUUUGGAUAAAACUGUGAUAUCUUGUGGUGUAGAAAAAUUUUGAGAUCUUAAGGAAGAAUUCUGGCUAUCUGAAGAGCUGUGGAACUUUCAUUCUGUACAACUGUCGAAUUCAUAUCAGAGCAACUACUCUUAAAAGCGUUCUUAUUUUACACUGUUCAAUGACGUAGGAAGAGGAUUUUUAAUUGUACUUAUGCCUGCUUUAAUGGAAUCUAUGGGAAAACUGAAAAGAAAAAGACAUCAACGGAGAGAUCAUUUUCUAGGCAAAUUCUAUUUAAAUAUUCCUUCAUGUUUCCACAUUAGUUAGUUACUUUUUCUAAAAGGCAUCUUUUGCUGCAACAUCCUACUUUAUUCUCUUUGCUGCUUAAGGAGGUUAAGUAUUUCCCUUCACUAGUUACUGUUAUAUAAUUUGUUACUUCAUUCUUAGAAACAGAAAAAGCAAUUCUAAUUUGAUAAAUUCUAUCCGAGUCUGCUAAACCUGUUACUGCAAAUUUUAAGAGCCAUUGCAUUUUCGUCUUCCCUACAACUUUGCAUUAAUUCUAAAAAUUGCAUUGUGGAUGAUGAUAUCCACCGUUUUCUUACUGUUUUAUGAAAAUUGGCAGCAUUUUACUUGUGCAGAGUAAAAUAAAUUAUAUAAUUUCUUGCGUCACGAAUUACAUGAACGUUUAGAAACAAAAGGUUAUUUAGUAAAUUAAUAAAGAUUUUAUUUAAAUCCUUAUUUAAUUAUAUCUAUCGGAAAUCGCUUCAUCUAUUUUUUAACUUUUUGUUAAUAUUUUUUGUUCGCUUUAGCCAUUUAAUUGAAAAUUUAUUUAAAAUUUCUUUCGUGCAAUUCAUUGUCGUUUUCAAACAUUAACAGAAGGAAAUAAAAUUUUUAAAAAGUAUGAUAAAGGAAAGUAUGUAAAAAUUAAAAGCGUGCAUAAGAAAAUAAUAGGCAGUUAAAUAAUACGCAAAAAGGAAUUACUACAAAUAACAAAAAAAUUCAUUGGCAAAAAGACUAAUUGGACUUGUAUAAAAAUAGCUGCAUCUGAGCAAAGUUUUUCUUUAGAUAAAAUACAUUUUGUACUUUUAAAUGCUGAUUAGCUACUUUCUUCCAGUAACAUGUAAAUUAAUUAUUUGAGAAUCUUUAAAAGAAAAUGAAUCUUAGCCGGUAUAACUACGGUCAAUAAAACGGAUUACUAAUUUUCUGUUUCAUUAGAAUUACUUCCUAAUUUAUUCCCUGUAAUUUUAAUUAUUCCCUAUCAUUAAAGUUACUCUCUAAUUUUUCCUUUUGAUUAAAAUUUUAAUUAAUUUUUCACUUCAUUUCCAUUCGAAAAUCUUAUUUCAUGUUCAUGUAUACAAAUUAACAUCACUUUAUGUUUUAUUUCGAAAUAUAAAAUAUAUCUUAACACAGUCCCCACAUUUGUUUGUGGGAUUAGAUUUUUUUGAUAGCCUAAGUGUGGUAUCUGGAGCGGAUAUUUAUUUGCAGAAAAUUCUCCUUAAGACGUCAUCUUGACCAUCCUAUCUUUUCGUAAAGAGGCAGGAUACUGAAAGACUGGGCCGUAUUUGAAACUUCACUCUGCGAAUGUGAAUUCGGAACUAAUUCAAAUGGAAAAAAUGAAGGAAACACGUGAAAGGUUGCAGCGCCAUCUGGGAACAGAGAGAAGCGGCUUUUGAAGUAAGCUCAAAGCUGAAAGUAAAACCUACUACUGCGUGACGUCAAACAAGAAUGAUGUACAAUUCUAGCAUUUUGAGUCUGAGAUUCAACCUUGAGCAGUUUCACACAUUUUUGUUGUCCGAGAUUUCCUUCCAGUUUCCCCACAGUCCACCUUAUCAUCAUACGAGUUCAAGAUCGUCCUAGGCAAUGCCGUUCAUAGCGGACGACAAUCUGUGGUGUCAAGAUGCAACAGGGAAGAUCGUAGACCUGUCAUGGCUUGAUAGCGGUCCAAAUAUUGUCGUUGAACAGGCUAAUGAUGUCUUGCAAGAGCUCAGCCAGAAUGAUCUCCAUGGAUUGGUCCCUGAAACAGAAGAGGAAGAGAUUCUUCGACACAUUUCAGAUCCCGGAUUCGAACUGGAAAGCAUCUUCGCAGUCAUUUCCAAUGGCGAAACGAACACAAAAACCAAUCAAGACGAAGAGAAUGAGACAAUUAUUCUCUCUGCACAACAGUUCCAGCAACAGCUGGAAGAAUUCGGGCAGCAGCAAGAACAGCAACAACAACAACAGCAGCAGCAGCAACAACAACAACAGAAAGAUGAAUCUAUGGCCGUGGUCACAUCUUCUUUUAAUAUGGCCGAUUCAUCAUGCUUAUACACCAGCGGCAUCAGCAAUAUGGCCGUAUCGAAUCCUCUUCUGCAUCAAAGGCUUACGUCAAAUGUAACGCCUUCAUUAUCCUCUUCCAACAGCCAGGGACCAGGAUCGAGCCUGCUAGCGUCAGUUCUAGCGUCCUCUUCCACAAUCUCCACUUCUUCCUCAUCCGGACCUUCAACUUCCAAAAAAACAUUAUCGACUUCCUCCACGGUGUCGUCGGUGAUACCAUCCUCGAGUACAGAAAGCUCAAUGAUAAAAGAAGAAGUCGUUCUUUUGGACACCACAUGUGACAGUACCCGAGGUGACCCUCGAGAUCAAGAGCUUGUGGCUGAAGCGUUACUCCAGGCCCAUGCACACUCCCCCAGCAUGGAAAGGGAAGCCAAAACAUUGCUCCAAAAUAUACUGCAGCAGUCUCCACAGAGGUUAUCGUACACACUACCUUCGAUGUAUAAUCCCGCAGUAUCGUGCAACGCAACAACAGGGUCUUUACCUCCCAGUCCGGCAGACAGUGGUGUAUCCGAUGUUGACAGUAGUAGCAGUCAUUUAAGUAACGAAGAGCCCAAACCCCGUUUACUUGGUGCUCCUGUUGCUCCUGCAAGGACACCAGAAUCCCCGAGUCCAAAUGGUUUGUCAUACGCCACAUCAUAUGGACACGCCAAUCAGUCUCAUUUACAGCAGUUCAAUAAUCGAGUACAUCCUCAAUAUCCUCUUCUUCCCGUAUCUGCAUUUCCUGGCCAAACGCAACCAUAUUACAGACAUCACAGAUUAAAUAACCAUCAUCAUGCACAACAAACACAACAGCACCAACAACAGCAACAGCAACAUCAUCAUCAACAGCAGCAGCAACAACAACAACAACAACAACAACAACAACAACAGCAGCAGCUACAUCAACAGCACCACCACCAGCAGCAACAACGGCAGCAUCAACAACAAUUACAACAGCACAACGGGUAUUUUGACACUUCUAACUCUCAAAAGCCACACAGCACAUACAGUAAUCUCUCUCCAACGUCAAAUCAUCCUCUGGGUCACACGCUGCAUGCAACUUCCAUCUCACAGCUACAGGCACAUCUAUCUGGUCAUCAUCCUCAUCCUCAAGUUUCUAGUACUACACAUCAUGGUGCUCCAAUGUCACCACUACCCCUUGCUCUCACAAGGAACAGCAACAACAGUGUUUGUUCUCCAUCCUCAUCAACAACUGGCAUCCCAUCCUCCUCAGGCUUACACUCGCCGCUAGGAGGUGGACAUCAGCCAGCCAUUCCAACAUCAGUAAUCACAGCCACGCACAAUAGUCCGUGUGGUUUAGACCUUGAUCCUGCUUCAUAUGUAGAAGACCUAUCUUACCCAGCUAGAAUAAAGAAAAAAGGGAGAAAGCCGAAGAAUCCAGAUGGAUCUCCAGCUAUCAAAAGGAAAAGCAGAGAAGGUAUUAUUACCAACGAGGUAUCUUGGCUAAAGUUGAUGGGCAGCGCCUUGUGUAUCAGUUUGUUGAUGUACCUAAAGACAUUGUUGAAAUUGAUUGUACAGGAGCGUGAUGUUAGUACGCUAGUGCAGCUAAAUUUGCUUGCAAUUUCAUGACCAGUACAGUGUAACUUGUAUUCCAGAAAUAUGUAUAAAGCUGUGAAAAGGAAAUCAUAAAAUUCGUUCCAUUCAAGAGAUUGUGAGCCCCUGCAUCUCAUAUGGACUGUAUUUUAUUUUUUAAUUGCUUUUGAAUGAACAUAACUGGGGACUAUUUUUAUAUCAGGGAGAUUUUGUGUAAUUCAUUCACACAUAUGGAUUCUAACAUUAUUUAUUUGACCAUGAAUUUUAACAUCAGUUUGUUUCAACAUGAACUUUCCCCAUGGAAUUUAUGAAACUGAUGUUUACAAACUUAUAAUUUCUUUUACUGUCACCUAAUUUGGUUGUAUAACAGUAAAGAACUGUAAUAUUAUGGUGACUGGUGUAAAAUAAUGCACCGAAAUGUUUGAACGUCCAUUUGUUAUUUGUUAAAUAUAUGGAAUAUAAGCAUAGUCUAUGUCCCUCAUUCCCUUUGAAACUAUUUAUCUCAUUUUUGAUUGUUAAUUUGUCAUAUUAGAAUGACUGAAUUGUAAUUAACAAUAGAUACUUCAAAGAAGGUAGAAUAUAUAUGGUCCAUGUAAUCCUGCCAAAGUUUUAAGUGAAUCUUAAAAAUCUGAUGGGCUCUCUCUAUUUUCAUUAAAAGUCAAUAUAUAUAGUUUUAAGAGCAGUUUUCAGGAUUCAGUCUACACACUGCAAUAUCUUUUAAAAAAUGCUAAUGAACUAACACAGCGCUUUCCAUUUAAACAAUGUAGGUAUUUUAUUCUAGAAAUCAUGUUUACUUAUUUUUAAUGGAAUAUGUUAAAGUGUUUUAUGCAGAAAGUAAGGUUCUUUUUAUUUUCUUUUAUUUAUAAAUUUUUUUUACAAAUGUAAUAUCUGGCUAUUCUUCAAAUUUUUUUUGAAAUGUAACAAAUAACUGUAUUUAACACACUGCAAUUGUGUGUUUAGCAUUUGUAUACUCCUAUGUUUAGCUAUUGCACACAUGUUUGUAUAUAAUGUGACACUUUCACAGAACAGAUAUAUAUGGGAUGAUUUAGAAGCUAAUGUCUCAGUGUAAUGGAGAACAUGACUUAAGUAGAGUUUAGUUUACUUGAUUAUGGCAAAGCAUGCGUGGGCCUAUUUGCUUAAGAGAAGGGAUGCCUUUGUGGAGGACUUUCUAAGGGAAACUGGUUCAUAUCCAUGUUACACACAUGGAAAACUGUGAGAAAACCACUGCAGGCAGCCUAUCUGCUGGGAAUCAAACCACAGACUGAACUACCUGUGUACAAUGACUUUACUACUUGGCCACUUGUGGACAUGACUUAGAGAGAGAAAUAUGAAUAGACUCGUUGCAAGUGUUAACAGUCAUAGUGAGCGAUUUCACACAUUUAAAUUUAUUCUUGAUAUUUAAUAUGAAUUAUACAUCAUAAUAGGUGCAGUGUGCAUGAUCGUCUUGAAAACAUUUUUGUCUGUUCUGCAAGUUAUAACAGUAUAAUGAAUGGAAGACAAAGAUAUGCAGAAACAUGUUCACAGGACUGUAAGCAAGAGCAGUAAUGCCAUGUGUCUGAGAUGAAAGCUGGACUCUGAGUGAUUUGAGUUAUGGUUCCCAAAUUUUCUUAUUGUUUAAUAAAAAGGUUUCAGAAUUGGCUGCUAAAAGUUUUGAUUUUCAGAUCUGAUAUCAUUUGAAAUUAUUAUUGGGGGAAAACUUUGUGUAAGAAAGAACCUGCAUCAUGAGUAUUAUGUAAGGUUCAUAUCACCAGGAUUCAUUUUAAAAUGAUACAGUUUGAAGGGAUUUAUUAUCAACUGUUACUAUUUUUAAGACAGAAAGAUAAAAUAGCCAAAUUAAAAUGGAGAAUUAAGAGACUCUUGCAAAUUAAAGUUAUAAUUUUGCCUUACAUAUUUUUAUUUCAUAAAUAUUUGUAUGUGUGCAUAUAUAUAUAUAUAUAUGUAUGUAUGUAAGAUAUAACAAAAUAUGAUGGCUGCUUUUAAAAAAAUUGGGGACCUCAAAAUGAACUAUUCUAGAUUUGGUGUUCUCUAACAAAAUUUAUCUGUUCACCCAAAUUUGAGAUCCUUCCAUGUUAUAUAACGCUACUUGAAAAGGGUAACUGAAACUCAUAUUAACCAAUCAUAGCUUGUUUCUACAAUUGCAUCUACUUUGGAUAUAAAUACAGGUGGCAAGUUAAUUACGUCAUUCUUUAGCUAACUUCGCCACUGCUAAUAUAUCCCCGCUGCUUCACUUCUCAAAUGCCUACAUCAUUUCUUUUUUUUAAAAAAAAAUUUACGUAGAAAUUUAUCAUAUUUAAUAAUGAUUGACAAAGUGUCUGAAAAACUAAUUGAGUAUGUGUGAAAAUUAAGAUUGAUUUAUAAAAAAUCCAGUUUUGUUAUUUUCAUUGGUAUGCCUUAACCAUCAGCCAUUAUGGAUAUUGAAAGUUCCAGUGUUUUCUUCUCUUAAAUCAUCCCCCCCCAUAUAUAUAUAUAACUGUAUAAGAUCUGUGAAAGUGUUAUAUUUUUCAAAGGGUAAAAAAUACAUUUUUAGAAGAAUUUAGUAUCUCCUACCUUUAAAACGACAGUGCGUGUUUAUAUAUAUAAAUUUUUUUCUUAUAAUGCAAUAGUUAACCUUUUUAUAGAGCAUCACAUUGAGGAAAAAUAAGAGAUACUGGGUUCAUUAGGCAUGGAAAUUAAAUGAUAAAUGAAUUAGGAAUGAGAUUUUUUAUGUACAAAUCUUUUAAAUGAAUGCAUAGAAAGAUGGGAUGUUCUGUUUUAUUUUCAUUCCAUAUUUCAUAUUUUAUUUUAAAUUAAUUUUACUUAUGUUGACAAAACUUGCAUCAAUUUAAAAUUUUCAGAUGCGUUUGCAAUCAUAUUGUUGCCUAUAUAAUGCAUUUAUUUUUUGCUUAUGUGUAUUUUUCCCAUUUGUAUCUGAUGCCAUUUUAUAUUGGAGGCAUUUUUCUUUCCUAAACGUUUCAUACUCUUGCUAAUUUCAUAAUAAAUAAUACAAGUAAUGAAAAAGAUAAUUGCAUUAUUAGAAAUUUUGUUAAAUAUAUUGUAAUUUUAUCUUUUAGAUAAAUUGUUUCACUAUGAGUGAAGCAAAAUUUGAAUUAGCUUUUAAAUUUUGGUAGUUAAUUAUUUUAUUUAUUGUAAGCAAUUCCAUGCAGUUAAAUACUUUGUACCAUAAUAAGCAGUUUUUUAAAAUAAAAAUAAUAUUGUUGGUGGAAAAUUUAUCUUUCCUUGUACCUAAAAAGCGCUGUUGGUUCUGUUAGCAAAACAUAAAGCUAAGCCCAUCAGUUGUACACAAUAUAUUUCACUUUACAAGUGCUUUAAAAAGCUUUAAUAAUCAGAUUUUCUGACUGUACUUUCAACCAGUAAAUAAAUAGAGGUAAUUUUUAAUAAAGAAUUUAAUAUGUAUUAAAAUAUUAAUUAAUGAUAUAUAUUAGAAAUAAGAGCAUACUCUAAAAUUAAUGAAUGUGCCUUCUUUGAAAAGUAAUGUUGCAAGGUCCUUUAUCAUGAGUAAAUAUUUUAUAUGUUGUUAAAAUGUACAUAUAGCAUAAAAGCUAAAAUUAUUAAAUCUGAGCAUUCAAAUUUUUAGAUUUGGUUUUUAACCAUUUUAAAUUUGUCAUUAUAAAAAGGAAUGUGUAUAUAAUUGUUAAAUGAAGAUUACAGUUUCGAGAUUAAUAUUUGCUCCAGAAAUUGUUUUAGUAAUGUGUAAUUGUAUCAUUAUAAGCCAAGUUCAUUGUAAUUAACACUUAAAAGUUCUUCAUAUCAGCUUUCCUUUGAUUCACGUAAUGUUUAGAUGUGUAAAAAUCGUAUGUUAUUCAAAUGGUUUUAAUUAUUGAAAUGUGUAAAAAAAAAUUAAGGAUUACUCUAUCUUCUGUUUAUAUAUUUUAUUGCUUUUUCUUCUUGGUUGGAUGAGGCUUUUUAAAUGUUGUCCUCUGAUGUCUUUUUUUUGGUUUAUUUUAUUUCUAAAGAAAGUAUUUUUCUAAAUUUACAAGCUACAAUAAAAAUUUGGUGAUAAGUGAUGUGAUUGAUGCUAUUUACUCUACUUUUUAAGAUUAAUAUUUAUAGAUCUUUUUGUAAUCUAAAUUUCUAGUUUUGGAAAUUAAAAAUGUUGUAAAACUAUUCUUUCUAUUGUCAUGAAACCUUAUUUAUUGUGUUAAUGCAUGUUCCUGAAUUUUGUAAAAAGAAAGAAAAGGGAUUACUUGUGAGUAUUAAAAAUAUAAAUCUUUUUAUCAGUUACAUCUAACAUAUAAUUAUUACAGCAUUAAUUUUUUUAACGUUUGGUCACGUACUUUCUAUACUGUGUUUUAAAGAAACCAGUUCUGAAUUUAUAUCAAGCAGGUACUAACUGUGUUGUAGCCUAGGUUUCUGAUAUAAAAUAUUGAAAUGGAGUAUUGAAUAAAUGUUUUAAAGUAUAAUAAAAUGUUCUAAAAUUGUUAUUCAUUUAAGCCUAAUAGAUUUAUUCCUCUUUUACUGAGCUUGUGAAUAAUUAUCGAAAUUCUCCUAUUUUUACUGUUAGCAUUUCUAAUUUUAUAUGAUAGUAAUUUAAUUUUAAACUCUUUCAGAUAAAACAGUUUAAUAUUUUAAUUAUUUAAAUUGAAACCUUAAUGCUAAUUUGCACUGCAUUCAAUAACCAUGUUUAAGAUACUGAUUUUAUAAUCCUCCUUCUAUAAAUUUUGCUCCUGAAAACAAGAAUGUAGUUUAGUAUAUUCUUGCAUAUUAGGGUCAUGAUAGCAAAAUGCUUGUGUUUAAUGCAAAUUAUUCAUCAUUUUAGCAUAUGACUUAUAUAAAAUUUAAUAUUAAUUGCUGAAUUUAAUUAUUUUAUAAUAAAAAUAAAUUUUUAGUAUGUAGUAUAGUUUAUUAAGAGACUAAAGUUCUACUUGAAGGUAUUAAUUUUUCUUAGAAACUUAAAAUUUGAUGACUGAAAAGUUUUGGAAUACUAUUUUGAAGUUUAAAAUAUUUAAGCACUCAAAUAGUGGAGUGCAAAAUGCUAAAAAUUUUGUUCAGAAUAUUUUUUCACAUAAAAAUAUUUUUGUACACAACAGCAUUCUUUAACAAUAGUAAAGUUAGCAACAGGAAGAUUAAUAGUAGCUAAAUCACACUUUACUUGGCUCAAGUAAACCAGUCCAAGCACUUUCUCGUUUCGCAUUGAAGACUUUUUGAGCACAAUGUAAAUAAACAGAAACAUUAUUAAUUUGUACAUAUAAGUGCUUUAACAUUACAACCUGAUUAAGUGCACAUAUUUAACUGAUUGUCUUAAUUGACAAGAGUGAUAUGGAAAAAAUCAAAACAUGUUAUACUAAAGGUGUUGAAACAUGGUAUCCUAGAAUUAACUUGUAUAGGCCUGAGAUGCAAUAAAUUAUUUUAUCUUCUUAUGUUGUAUACACUUAUUUGUGUUAUUUUGCUACUUCCCUCCUAUAGGAAUGAAGUAUAGCAUUUCAUUUUGUAAGACCUUUGUAUCUAAAAUGUGCAUAUACUUUUUUAUAAAAAAUUUUUUCUCUUCUGAAAUACUUUCGUUUUGUGUUUCACAUGUGAUAAAUUAUUGGUUUACUUUUUAUUUGCACUCUAAUGUUUAACCAUUCAGCUGAUUUUUGUUUAAAUCAGUGUAUUUUUUAGAAUCUGUUCAGUUCAAUAUAUUUCAGAUAAAGUAUGAUUUGAAUAUAUUAUAUUUUCGCUCAUAUAAUAAGUAUUUGUUUAUUUAAUUAUUAGCCGUUUUCUUUUAUGUAAAUGUUCUGCAUUCAGUGAAAACAAAUUUUUAUAAAUCAUUUAAUACCUAAAACUAAACUAUUUAAAAUUACUGAUAAAAAUUGUAAAACUUCAGAAAUGCAAGUUUGUGUGAAAUAAAAUUUUUAAUCAUGGGAUGAAAUCGAGCUUUAAAUAUUUGUAUUUUGUGGUUGAGAUGGAAAGCAAUGCAAUCUAAAAAUGUAGAAUGUAUUCUUUUUCUGAUUGAAAAAUUUUAAUGAUUCAGUUAAAUUAAAAAUUUUGUUUCUGUAAAAUCAUAAUAUAUUUCUAAAACAUAUGUUACAUGCUUUGCUAUUGUGCACCCGGUUUUUGACUAACUGAAUAAGUAACUUUUCUUUGAUUAAUUCUGCUCUCUUCUUUUCAUAAACUGCAUUUAAUGUCCCAUCAAAAAUAAUUGCUGUUGUCUGAAACUGUAUUAACAUAAUAUAUUUAAUGACAUAGAGCUGUUCUUAAGUGAUGUGUGGAAAUUAAUUUUUAUCUUCAUUCAGCAUAAUAUAUCGAAUUUAUCUCCCUAAAGCUAGCUUGAAAAUUGGAUAUGUAAUCUGAUAAAUAUAUGUAUAUAGGCUUGUUAAUUUCUUUCUGAAAAUACUCUUACAAGAAUGAGUUCUUUUUUGCCUUCAUUUGAAGUGUUUUUUAAAUACGUUUACUCAAAAUAUUAAGUAUAUUUAUAAUGGCAAAAAAGAAUCUGUUCUGGUUCUCUGCAAAAUAUCAUGUAUUUAUAUUUCUGACAUUUUAAAACAUUUUAAAUAUUCAAACAUUAUUUUGCUUUAAGUUUUCUGUUUAAAUCCUCAUUUAAUACAGUAGCUGUACAUACCAGGUGUUGAAUAUCUUUCAAGCUAACUCUAGGAGACAAGAGAAAUAUUAUUGCUGCGAUCUUAUUUUUUAAUCAUGUUUGUUUUAUACUUUAAGAGCAUGCAACAAAGAUUUGUUUAAAGGGAUGAAAAGGAGGGAGAAAAAUCUUGUUUCAGUAUGGUACAUUUUGAGGUCUUAUUGUGUAACUGGUGUUCUUGUAAAUAUCAUUGCUGAGAUAAUAAAUUUGUUGUGUAAUUAAUA